AUGGUCGAUUUGAGCUCCCUCCAUACCCUGGCUGAAGAAACUAAUUCAUGCGGCGAUGUUCAACGCCAAGACACGUACCUUGGACUCCGAGUCGCAUCAUUAUUCAUUAUCCUAGCUACAUCCGUCUUUGGCGCUGCCUUUCCAGUUCUGGCUUCCCGUCUACACUUUCUCAACGUUCACAAGCUGAUCUUCGAAAUAGGAACCGCCAAACUUGACUCCCUGGGAGUUAAAGAAUAUAAUAGCCAUCGGAGCAGCCAUGAAAGAUCUGGUGAAAGCGAUAUCCAAGAUCUACGACUAUCGGACCAGGUGGCUGCCAACUCUGGAAAGGUUAUCAAGAAUGACUCGGAACUUGGGCUCAAGGAAAAGCUUGCCUUGCACAACGGAAUAUCCGAAUCAGCACUUGCCCAACUCCUCGGAGUUGCCAUACUCGAGUUUGGAGUCGUAUUCCAUAGCAUAUUAAUCGGCAUGACCCUGGCAGUGGACGAAGAUUUUAUCGUCCUGUUCAUCGUAUUAAUCUUCCAUCAAAUGUUUGAGGGCCUUGGUCUCGGUACCCGCCUUGCCUCACUUGACCUUCCUUUGCCAUAUCGGUCCUGGGUCCAUACGCCGUCGAUGACAAGUAGCAUCGUUGCCGGGACCUUUGAUUCUAUUUCGGCUGGGAUACUGUUAUAUACAGGGUUGGUCGAGUUGUUGGCUCACGAGUUUAUAUUUAACCCUGUUAUGCACCGUGCUCCGAUCGGCAAGCUCCUGUAUGCAUGCGUCAUGAUGGUGCUUGGAGCAGGUAUCAUGGCUCUCAUUGGUCGAUGGGCCUGA